AUGAAGGAGAAGAAGAAGAAGGUGGCGAAGAAUGAGAAGAAGGAGCCCCUGGAGGCGAUGCACGAGAAGGGAAUGUCGGAGGAUCCGCGCUACGGGCAGAUGAAGGGGAUGGGAAUGCGCCCGGGGGGGCACGCGGGAAUGGGGCCCCCCCCCAGCCCCAUGGAUCAGCAUUCCCAAGGUUACCCCUCCCCUCUGGGGGGCUCCGAGCACGCCUCCAGCCCGGUGCCGUCCAACGGCCCCUCCGGCGGCUCGGCCGGCGGCUCCGGCGCGGCGCUGGACGGCUCCGGCUCCGACUCGCCGGCGCUGGGCCGCGGCCCGUCGCCCUUCAACGCCGCGCAGCUGCACCAGCUCCGUGCCCAAAUCAUGGCCUACAAGCUGCUGGCGCGGGGGCAGCCGCUGCCCGAGCACCUCCAGGUGGCCGUGCAGGGCAAGCGGCCGCUGCCGGGGAUGCAGCCGCAGAUCCCCGCUCUACCUCCGCCCGCCGGCGCCGCGCAGGGCCCGGGGCCAGCGCCCGGAGCGGGGCCGGCGCCGCCCGGCUACUCCAGACCUCACGGUUACCCCUCCCCUCUGGGGGGCUCCGAGCACGCCUCCAGCCCGGUGCCGUCCAACGGCCCCUCCGGCGGCUCGGCCGGCGGCUCCGGCGCGGCGCUGGACGGCUCCGGCUCCGACUCGCCGGCGCUGGGCCGCGGCCCGUCGCCCUUCAACGCCGCGCAGCUGCACCAGCUCCGUGCCCAAAUCAUGGCCUACAAGCUGCUGGCGCGGGGGCAGCCGCUGCCCGAGCACCUCCAGGUGGCCGUGCAGGGCAAGCGGCCGCUGCCGGGGAUGCAGCCGCAGAUCCCCGCUCUACCUCCGCCCGCCGGCGCCGCGCAGGGCCCGGGGCCAGCGCCCGGAGCGGGGCCGGCGCCGCCCGGCUACUCCAGACCUCACGGUGAGGAUGGGCUGGGAACGAAGCUGCUGCCGCCGCCGCCCGCCGGCCGCCCGUCCCCCGUGCCCCCGGCCGUGCCCCCGGCGUCCCCCGGGCCCCCGCCGCCCUCGCCGGGGCAGCCGGCGCCGCCGGCGCUGCCGAUCCACCCCAAGCAGAACCGGAUCACGCCCAUCCAGAAACCGCGCGGGCUCGACCCCGUGGAGAUCCUGCAGGAGCGCGAGUACAGGCUCCAAGCGCGCAUCGCCCACCGCAUCCAAGAGCUGGAGAACCUGCCCGGCUCGCUGGCCGGAGACCUGCGGACCAAAGCCACCAUCGAGCUCAAGGCCCUGCGCCUGCUCAACUUCCAGCGCCAGCUGCGGCAGGAGGUGGUGGUGUGCAUGCGGCGGGACACGGCGCUGGAGACGGCGCUCAACGCCAAGGCCUACAAGCGCAGCAAGCGGCAGUCGCUGCGCGAGGCCCGGAUCACCGAGAAGCUCGAGAAGCAGCAGAAGAUCGAGCAGGAGAGGAAGCGCCGGCAGAAGCACCAGGAAUACCUCAACAGCAUCCUGCAGCACGCCAAGGACUUCAAGGAGUACCACCGGAGCGUCAGCGGGAAGAUCCAGAAGCUGACCAAGGCCGUGGCCACCUACCACGCCAACACCGAGCGCGAGCAGAAGAAGGAGAACGAGCGCAUCGAGAAGGAGCGGAUGCGCCGGCUGAUGGUGAGCCGCGGUGGGACCGGCGUGGGGGGCCGGGCCGGGGGGUGCUGAGGGGUCCAGCUGGUGGCCAGGUCACCCCUGGUGUCCCUCAGGGGUCAGCUGUGGUCAGUGCUGUCAAAACACGAAGUGGUUGCACAGAAGUUUGGGGAGUUCAAAGAGAAAAAGAAGGCAGAGAGCGCCGAGGGACAGGCCCCGGCCAUCGGCCCCGACGGGGAGCCCCUGGACGAGACCAGCCAGAUGAGCGACCUCCCGGUGAAGGUGAUCCACGUGGAGAGCGGGAAGAUCCUGACGGGCACCGACGCGCCCAAGGCCGGGCAGCUGGAGGCCUGGCUGGAGAUGAACCCGGGGUACGAGGUGGCUCCACGCUCCGACAGCGAGGAGAGCGGAUCCGAGGAGGAGGAGGAGGAGGAGGAAGAGGAGCAGCCCCAGCCAGCCCAACCAGCGCUGCCCGUGGAGGAGAAGAAGAAAAUUCCGGAUCCAGACAGCGACGACGUGUCGGAAGUGGACGCCCGGCACAUCAUCGACAUGAGCCCGAUAAUCCCAGCGAAGGAGGGGAAACACCAAAUUUUCGACCUCAAAUCCCCUUUUUUCCUCAUUGUGCCCCUUUUUCUCCACCCCAGGCUGGAUUUGUACCGUGCCUCCGGGAAGUUCGAGCUUCUGGACCGGAUCCUGCCCAAACUCCGGGCCACCAACCACAAGGUGCUGCUCUUCUGCCAGAUGACCUCCUUGAUGACCAUCAUGGAGGAUUAUUUUGCUUACCGUGGCUUCAAAUACCUCAGGCUGGACGGCACCACCAAGGCCGAGGACCGGGGCAUGUUGCUGAAGACGUUCAACGAGCCGGGCUCGGAAUAUUUCAUCUUCCUGCUGAGCACGCGGGCCGGCGGGCUGGGCCUCAACCUGCAGUCGGCCGACACCGUCAUCAUCUUCGACAGCGACUGGAACCCCCACCAGGACCUGCAGGCCCAGGACCGGGCCCACCGCAUCGGGCAGCAGAACGAGGUGCGCGUGCUGCGGCUCUGCACCGUCAACAGCGUGGAGGAGAAGAUCCUGGCGGCGGCCAAGUACAAGCUGAACGUGGACCAAAAAGUGAUCCAGGCCGGGAUGUUCGACCAGAAAUCCUCCAGCCACGAGCGCCGCGCCUUAAAAAAAAACAUCGGGGGGGACGAGGAGCAGGAUGAGGAGGAGGACGAGGUCCCCGACGACGAGACCGUGAACCAGAUGAUCGCCCGGCACGAGGAGGAGUUCGACCUCUUCAUGGCCAUCGAGGAGGGCACCCUGGAGGAGAUCGAGGAGUUCCUCCAUUCCCCGUUCCCACGUCCCGGCUGUCCCCAUUCCACCGAGGAGGAGAUCGAGGAGUUCCUCCAUUCCCUGUUCCCAUCCCCACGUCUCGGCUGUCCCCAUUCCACCGAGGAGUUCCCCCGUUCCCCGUUCCCGUCCCCACGUCCCGGCUGUCCCCAUUCCACCGAGGAGGAGAUCGAGGAGUUCCCCUGUUCCUCAUUCCCGUCCCCACGUCCCGGCUGUCCCCAUUCCACCGAGGAGGAGAUCGAGGAGUUCUCCCAUCCCCACGCCAUCGAGGAGGAGAUCGAGGAGUUCCUCCAUUCCCCAUCCCCAUCCCCACGUCCCGGCUGUCCCCAUUCCACCGAGGAGGAGAUCGAGGAGUUCCCCCGUUCCUCAUUCCCAUCCCCACGUCCCGGCUGUCCCCAUUCCACCGAGGAGGAGAUCAAGGGGUUCCCCCAUUCCCUGUUCCCCGUUCCCAUCCCCACGUCCCGGCUGUCCCCAUUCCACCGAGGAGCUCCUCCAUCCCCAUCCCCACGUCCCGGCUGUCCCCAGGCCAUCGAGGAGGGCACCCUGGAGGAGAUCGAGGAGGAGGUGCGGCAGAAGAAGUCCUCUCGCAAGCGCAAGCGCGAGCCCGAGGGCCCCGCGGGGCCGGCGCCGGGCGCCCGCGCCCGCGACAAGGACGACGAGAGCCGCAAGCAGAAGAAGCGCGGCCGGCCCCCGGCCGAGAAGCUCUCCCCGAACCCGCCCCCCCUGACCCGCAAGAUGCGCAAGAUCGUCGACGCCGUCAUCAAGUACAAGGACAGCAGCAGCGGGCGGCAGCUGAGCGAGGUUUUCAUCCAGCUCCCGUCCCGCAAGGAGCUCCCGGAGUACUACGAGCUCAUCCGCAAGCCCGUGGACUUCAAAAAGAUCAAGGAGCGGAUCCGGAACCACAAGUACCGGAGCCUGAACGACCUGGAGAAGGACGUGAUGCUGCUGUGCCAGAACGCGCAGACCUUCAACCUGGAGGGCUCCCUGAUCUACGAGGACUCCAUCGUGCUCCAGUCCGUGUUCACCAGCGUCCGGCAGAAGGUGGAGAAGGAGGAGGAGAGCGACGGAGAGGAGAGCGAGGAGGAGGAGGAGGGAGAGGAGGAAGGAUCCGAGUCCGAGGCCCGCUCGGUGAAGGUGAAGAUCCGCCUGGGCCGCAAGGAGAAGGUUCCGGAACGCGGGAAGGGCCGGCGCCGGGGCGGGCGGGGCGGGCGGCCCAAACCCCUCCUGAGCGACGACGAGAGCGAGGACGAGCAGGAGGAGGAUCGCUCCGGCAGCGGCACCGAGGACGACUGACCCCGACAUUCCACGGCUCCCGAGCCCCCGACCCCCAAAACCGCCCCCCGACCCCCCAAAAUCCCCGUUCUGCCCCGUAGCUCCGACGGCAGCGACGCCGGAAUUCCCAAAAAUCCUGAGAAUCCCAAAAAAGCCACGCCCCCCCCGACCUCGCCCCUAUUUAUACCGGGAUCGUCCCGGGGGUCCCCAGGUGUCCCGGGUGGGCCCGGCCGGGUCCUUUGGGUGCUCCCAGAUCCAGAUGGUCCCAAAUUCGGGUGGUCCCGAGCGAUCCAGACCAUCCUGGAUCAUCCAAAAUCCAUCCUGGGUGAUCCAAAAUCCAUCCUGGACCACCCAAAAUCCAUCCUGGAUCAUCCAAAAUCCAUCCUGGGUGAUCUAAAAUCCAUCCUAGGUGAUCCAAAAUUCAUCCUAGGUGAUCCAAAAUUCAUCCUAGGUGAUCCAAAAUCCAUCCUGGACCACCCAAAAUCCAUCCUGGAUCACCCAAAAUCCACCCUGGAUCAUCUAAAAUCCAUCCUGGGUGAUCCUAAAUCCUCCUGGUUCACCCUAAAUCCAUCCUGGAUCAUCCUAAAUCCAUCCUGGGUGAUCCAAAAUCCUCCUGGGUGAUCCAAAAUCCAUCCUGGGUGAUCCAAAAUCCAUCCUGGAUCACCCAAAAUCCACCCUGGACCAUCCAAAAUUCAUCCUGGGUGAUCCAAAAUCCUCCUGGAUCAUCCAAAAUCCAUCCUGGGUGAUCCAAAAUCCUCCUGGGUGAUCCAAAAUCCAUCCUGGAUCACCCAAAAUCCAUCCUGGGUGAUCCAAAAUCCAUCCUGGAUCAUCCUAAAUCCAUCCUGGGUGAUCCAAAAUCCAUCCUGGAUCAUCCAAAAUCCAUCCUGGAUCAUCCAAAAUCCAUCCUGGGUGAUCCUAAAUCCAUCCUGGAUCAUCCUAAAUCCAUCCUGGGUGAUCCAAAAUCCUCCUGGGUGAUCCAAAAUCCAUCCUGGGUGAUCCAAAAUCCUCCUGGGUGAUCCAAAAUCCUCCUGAAUCAUCCAAAAUUCAUCCUGGUUCAUCCAAAAUCCAUCCUGGGUGAUCCAAAAUUCAUCCUGGGUGAUCCAAAAUCCAUCCUGGAUCACCCAAAAUCCAUCCUGGAUCAUCUAAAAUCCAUCCUGGGUGAUCCUAAAUCCUCCUGGUUCAUCCUAAAUCCUUCUGGAUCAUCCAAAAUCCAUCCUGGGUGAUCCAAAAUCCAUCCUGGACCACCCAAAAUCCAUCCUGGGUGAUCCAAAAUCCAUCCUGGACCACCCAAAAUCCAUCCUGGCCCAUCCAAAAUCCAUCCUGGACCAUCCAAAAUCCAUCCUGGAUCAUCCAAAAUCCAUCCUGGGUGAUCCUAAAUCCUCCUGGACCACCCAAAAUCCAUCCUGGAUCAUCCUAAAUCCAUCCUGGGUGAUCCUAAAUUCUCCUGGAUCAUCCAAAAUCCAUCCUGGGUGAUCCAAAAUCCUCCUGGACCACCCAAAAUCCAUCCUGGAUCAUCCCAACUCCAUCCUGGAUCAUCCAAAAUCCAUCCUGGGUGAUCCAAAAUCCAUCCUGGGUGAUCCUAAAUUCUCCUGGAUCAUCCAAAAUCCAUCCUGGGUGAUCCAAAAUCCAUCCUGGACCAUCCAAAAUCCACCCUGGCCCACCCAAAAUCCACCCUGGCCCACCCAGCUCCAUCCCGGGCAGCUGAGCUCCGCCUUGGGCCGUCCCCGGGACCGUCCCAGCCGAUCCCGAUCCCGAUCCCGAUCCCGAUCCCGAUCCCGAUCCCGUCGCUGCCCUGGGUUCCCAGCAGUCGAUAAUUAAUUAAUAAAUUAAUCCAACAGGA